UGUCCGUGUACCAGUCAGCCCUCACGAAAUAACUCGGUUAUCCGGUUACAUUUGGGACAUGUACCACCACCACACUAAACCGUACGGCUAGCCACCCGUUUUCGCCGCCACUUCUGUCCUGACGUCACAAUGCAGAGCGAAGUCGAGCCCUUUUAACACGGCGACCAAUGAGAAGCGAAUACCGCGGCCGAGCCCCCGUAGCCGCCACCAAUCGGCGUGCGGGUCUGGUGAUCGAGCCUCCCCCAGUCAUGUGAGUGCUGAAUGCCAGCAUGGUAGACAUGAGCUGCGGCAGCGCCAUGCGGGCCCGGGGUAGCACGGGGGACGGCGCUGUCCGACAGGUGCCGUUGGCAUUGCAGAGGGAUGCAGCAGAAGCUGUAAACAAAGACAAGGCAAAGGACAGUUGAAUGUUGUCUUAUUCAAAUCAUUGAAGUGGUAUUUGAGGCCGUUUUCAUUUUUAUUUAACAGUGCCUCUACCUAUCUAGGGGUAUAGAGAUCCUCCUAAAGGGAAAAAAAAUGGUUUCCUUAAAUUGCAGUGAACCUCUUUCUGCCUCUGAUCUUCUUUCAAGUUCUGCUUCCCCUAGUGAACACAACAUGACAGUACCUCAUUCUGGUGAGGUAUCAUUGCUCACCCAUGUUGAAAACAAAGCCAGCCCCUCUCCAUCCUUGGGAGAACAGUUUAAUAAUGCAGCUGUCUCCAUAGAAGAGAAUGGUGAAGAUGGAGGUGGCCUUAAGGAAGUUGAAGAAAUUCUUUUGUCCCAGUUGGUGAAAGCGGUAGAGGAUUCGAAGGAAACCACUUCACUGACACAAUUAAAGCUCCCAGACUUUUGUGCUCAGAUUUCCGGGGACUUCUCUCCUACACUUGAGGAAAUUGAGGAGUUUUUAAAAGAAAACAUGGAUCUAAUUCGAGAAGAACUGGCUGAGAAGCAGCCCAUUCCUGGCACGUGGCUGCAGGGCUGCAUGACAAAUGAGCAUGUGACUCAAACUACUGGCCCAGCUCAGCCAACUGAGGAUGUUCCAACUCCGGAGAUACCAGAUGCUUCAGCAAGUUCACCUUCUGCAACAGGCAGUAUUCCUGUUAUACUUCAGAUCCAGCCUAUGUCCAUACCUGGUGCUGCUUCGUUGACACAGAGCCCUACAGGUGAUGUGCGCCUUACUCAGCUUGUAAUCAGUGUAGGCCAAAGCCUGUCAUUGGCCCCAAUCCCAGGGAGUACUUCACCUGGGGACCAAAAGUAUGUUAGAAUUGCCCCCUUGCCAGUGGCAGUCCGACCCUUGACUAUAGGAGGAGUUUUUGUGAGUGAAGGACAACAGAAGAUACAAAAGGGAACACAAGCUGUGAUCAGAGUUCAUAAAUGUAGUCACCCUGGCUGUAACAAAAUGUACACCAAAAGUUCACACCUUAAGGCGCACUUUCGGCGGCACACAGGGGAAAAGCCUUAUGUCUGCACUUGGCCAGAGUGUGGUUGGAGGUUCUCUCGCUCUGAUGAACUUUCAAGACACAAGAGGUCCCACUCUGGUGUAAAGCCAUAUCAAUGUACAGUGUGUGAGAAGAAGUUUGCCCGCAGUGACCAUCUGUCUAAACACAUGAAGAUACACCGUGGCCAGCGAGUUGGUGGUUGCCGGACACCACGAACCAGCACUUAAUACAGUUUUAUUCUUCAGUAAUCUUCCACUAGCUGGCCAGCCUGAAAUAACUUGUUGCUUCACCUAUAACAUGUUCUCGGUCCUUGGAUAUAACCUCCAAUACACUUACUGUACAUAGUCACUAUAAUCAAAUCAAGACUGGGGGGGUGGUGUAAUGUUAUAGAACACUGUAUUUUGCAGGCUUUGCUGACAAUAAUCAUACAAGACAGGAUACUGUAUUUAACUUGGUUACAUUUUUAAGUACCAAGUCUCUGGUCUAUCUGUUUGGAGCAGAAUCCCUGUGAAUGUUGCCCUACCUCUGGUUUAUGGACAGUUACUUACCCUAUGGGCUAUGAUUUGGUCACUUCUUUGGAAUAUCAUACUAUGUACUUCCGUUUAUUUGUAAAUGUGUGUAAAGCCUUGUUUUAGUUAUGUUUGAAUGUGUUAAUAUACACGUGUACCCUUAUAUCUACUGUAUGCAUUUUAAUGUCCCCAUUUUUGUGGGUAUUGUUACAGUUCCUGUCAAGUUUCUAAAGAAAUAAAAAAAAAAACAGCUUCCUG